AUGGGUACAGAUUUCUUGACCUCUUAUGUGGUCAGUAACAAUGCGUUACAUUGGGAAAAAUCAAAAGAUCGUCUUGUGGUUAUCGAUACACGAUUUAUAAUUUGUAUGCUAACUUUAAUUGCACAAAUAUGGUCCCAAUAUGCAUAUUCGGAUCAUUGGAAUGGAAGGCAUUGGAUUGGCAUAUCAUUGAUCUCAUCGUGGACAAUUACCGCUCUUUUACUUCGUUAUCAUUCAACGAUGCAAAUAAAACGAGCAGAAGAAAAAGCAAAGUUACAUUAG